AUGGAAAAGUACUUCUUGACCUCUGGUCGCCCUGACCGCACGAAGACUACUACUGUCGGCGGUAUACCCUUGCCUCUGGACAGUCGAUAUCGCUCGCAGAACCUGAUUAAAGCUGCCAGCAAGGUUCCGGGGCUGCACCAUCAGAAGGCUGUUGGGCCUCAGACUCAGAUGAUCUUUAUGGGAUGGGAUGAUAAAGCUGUGGACGAGGCAGCUAAGGGGCAUCCGGCUAAGGAUGCAAAGCCAAUUCAGGAGAAGGCCAUGGAGCGCGAGCGAGCACGAGAGAAACGGCAGGAAGACCGAGACAAAAUGCAUACAGAAUAUCUCAAGACGUUCGCUCGACGAACGUACAAAACCAGAUCGAUGAUCAAUGCCUCCCCCGCCGGUAACUAUAUCGUUGAUAGCAUUACCUUUGAGGACCACGUCAGAGAUGGGAAACCGUAUGAUCUUACUCUCGACAUCCACCCGACCGACACACCCGGGAUCUUCCAGGUCGACUUUGAUUUCGAGCACCUGGAGGGUAUUAUGUUGAUCUGCGCGGACGAGGAAGCCCUCAGAGAAUAUUGCUUCGACAGAGCGGAGUGGAGUGACUCUCAAGACGAAGACGAAGAUGAUAUCGAGCCUAGCGAUUCGGAUGAGGAAGCGUCCAAGCGUGUAUCUAAGAGAAAGUUAUCUGGAUCCAAAUUCUCGACGAUGUUAAAGAAACGCAAGGGAGAGGAACCCCCAUCUCGCGAGUAUUUCCUGAAACUGAGGUGUCUGGAACAGGAGGGUCAGAUUUACUGGGAGCCUGAAGACGGCUUAAUUGAAUUUGACGACACAAAUUUGGCGAGCUUCGAGGGAGAGGCUGACUUCCCCUGUUUUGGCAAUGGUGUAUUGUUUUAUGCACGCGAGAUUUCCGAUAAGCCAUGUCCAUCAGGGGAGGAAUGGGCUAAUUACUCGGAGAGACAAUCUGGGUAUGCACGGGUUAGAAGAUGGCGUGAGAACUGUGAUGUACCAGCUUGA